CUGCCUUCCUACCGCCAUUCUUGUUCCAAAGCUUGGAAAUGAAGGUGCUCAUGCUUUUCAUGACAUUGAGGGUGCCUUUAAGUGUAGGUGGAGUCAUGUGAUCCUCAACCAAAUUAAAGAAAUCACACCCACAUUUCACUUCAUCUCCUUCUUCUCUUCUUGUUUCAUUAAUCAUGGGGUGGUUGCCUUACUCUAGGAUUUGUUAAUGUAAAUGGUCGCUCUCUUGUUGAGAUUGGAACCCGUGAUCUCCCAUUAACUUGCAGAAAUCACAAGCCAUUACAAACAUAGGCGGAUUCCUCGAGACCUUGGCUUUCUUUACUCUCUUCUCAAUCAAAAACCAUUUCAUUUGCUAUAAUUGAGCAUCCAUUAUUUCAGUUUGAAGACAGUGGCGGGAAUUUCAUUUCCCAUUUUACCCUGAAGUCGACUCUCAGGCUUUUCUGGUUUAUAGUUAUUGCUUCCUCUUCUUUGUUGAAGCUCAAGUUUCUGUCUUAUAUUGUGAUACCAUGAAAUUGGAGGAUCUCAUAACGCGGAACAGGCAGAUGGAGCAGAAAAGUAUGCAACUGCAAGGGGAGGUAGAAGAGUUGCAAAAGAUAUUGCAAGGGCAGCAAGAAUUGCAGAAGGCUCUGCAGAAUGCGCUUGAUAAACCCUUGAUGCCUCACCGUAACAUUUAUCCUUCUCUUCCGCAUAAGGUUCAGCUUCUCAUCUCAGAGAUUGCUGCAGUUGAGGAAGAGAUAUCUUAUCUUGAAGAGAGAGUUAGAGAACUUAGACUGAGCCUGCAUCAUGAGCAAAAACAAACUGAAGAAUCAAUAACUCGGAACUCCUUCCAGCAGAGGAACCAACAUCAUAGAAAAUCCUCUGUCGCUCAAACAAGAAGUGAACCUGGCGAUCUACAGCGAUCUCCACUACAAAGUGAAUGGACAUUCUCUUGGAGUCCCUGUUCUGAUACCAGAGCACAGGGUUGUGGCAGCAAUUUCCACAACCUCAUAGUAAGAGAAAAUGAGGAAGGACAGAGAUGCCACAAUAAGAAAGUCACAGAAGUCUACAGAGAGAAGCCCAACCAACUCUCUGAAGAACUGGUGAAGUGUUUGAUCAGUAUUUUUCUAAGACUGAACAGAGGAGCAUCGCCUGAAACUGAAACUGCAGCUACUUUUCCUAAGAUUGCUCUUUCUUGCAUGAGCUCCAGGAGCUUCAGUUCUAAGCCUUCCCUGAACUCUAGAACACCAAUCUCUCUCUCGAAUGUUUCGUGUCCUCUGCUUGACCCUUACAACAUGGUGGUCAACCACGAUUGCAUUCCAGGAGAUUUUGGUCCAUACAAGAACUUUAUUCAGUUAACCAGGAACUCAUUGAAAGUUAGCCAUAUGCCACAUUGCAUGUCUUAUCUUGAAAAGUUGAGAAACUUGAUGAACAAGCUGUGCACUGUGGAUUUGAGGUUCAUGACAUACAAAGAGAAGUUAGCGUUCUGGAUAAAUGCAUACAAUGCCUGCUUUAUGCAUGCAUUUCUUCGUUAUGGAUUGCCUUCUGCACCAGAAAAAUUGCUCGCCCUGAUGAACAAGGCUGCAUUAAACGUGGGUGGUAUAGUACUGAACGCAAUGGCAAUUGAACAUUUCAUUCUCAGACAUCCUUCUAAAUUUACCAGUGGAAAGAUGGACGAGAAACAGAAGCUGUUGAGGCACGUAUAUGGUUUAGGCUACCCUGAGCCCAAUGUGGUUUUUGCUCUCUGCCGUGGCAGCUGUUCUUCCCCUGCUGUGAGAGUGUACACUGCAGAAAAUGUGAUGAGUGAACUAGCAACAGCUAAAGCAGAGUAUUUACAGGCUUCAAUUGGAGUUACUUCUAAGAGAAAGAUAGUAGUACCCAAGCUACUGCAAUGGUACAUGCAUGAUUUUGCAGAUGACUUAAAAUCACUCUUGAAGUGGAUUUGCAGUCAAUUGCCAAGAACUGCACCUUUGACGAACUCAAUAAUGGAGUGCCUGAAAGGAGAAAGGAAGUGGCCGAUCCAGCAAAUGGUGGAGGUGCAGCCUUAUGAGCCUGAAUUCCGUUACAUACUAGCAUUAUAGACUAUUAAUUGUUCCUGUGUACAGGUAAAAACUCGAAAAUCUAGCCAGAUUGUGCUGCCCAUUUUAUGUACUCAUCUCCAAAUGUCCAGUGUAUAUGCGCCUUGUUAAUUUGUUAAAACUUAAAAGCAGAAGAAAUUGUACAAAAUGUGUGAUGCAUAUCCUGACAAACCUACCCCAGAAUUUAUUUCAUAUCUACU